AUGGCUGGAAGGCGCAAGCGCAAUGCCGCACUGCCAUCGCGCUGCACCCGUGCCUGUCACCUCAGGUCAUAUCAUACUGAAUAUCGACUUCGUGGGCGAAUGGCUGACUUCUUGUCCUACGAGAUGAAAGAGUGGCACAGAAGCAUUUUGCGACCAACGACUCCAGUGUCCAAGCGAGAGAGCAAAAACACGGUCUCAAAAAGGAAAAUCCGUGGCUUUUUUGGACGGUCGAAGAAGAAAUUGCCAUUCUGGGAGCAGAGCAGGAGAGCAGGAGAAAAGCAAACAGCAGGCUUCGGCUCGCCACUGGAUCUGCAUCGUAGAAGUCAACCACAGCGCUUGUCUGUGCAGCACGAUGAUUGUUACCGCGUCUUUGUUUCAGACAUGGAUGGCCCUUUUGCCAGAGCACAUCCAUAUCCUGUCACCGACGGCGGAUCCAGUCGGCUCCGGUCUCGAAGCACUUGCGCAGUGUGCCGCGAUGCACCACGACAGGAACAACAGCGUACUGGGCAGUCCAUCCGAACCGAGAGGCUUGGGUGGACUAGGCGCUCGCAAUAUUCAACAGCCAUUAACUAUAUGGAUGGACCAUGCGCACAUGGCAAGCGAAUGUCAUCCGAAACACCAAUCACAAACCAACAAGUCACCGAUGCAAGCGUCACCUAA